AUUUGUCAACUUGAUCACGGAAAGGAAACAGAAGAUGGUCAGCAUUUCUCUGAGACAAUUAGCCAGAGAGGUGAGCUUUUCCACUUGUGUGUGGAGGAGGAAAGUUUCAAGCUGUAACUGUGUUAGCAGGACCAACUUGAGUCCUUUUACUGCCAGCUGCACUGGACAUCAUACCUGGGACUGAACAAGUUUUGACAGUGAAGGACAGACAGUAUUUGAGACUCUUCUGUAUAUGUUUGGGCCCCUGUGAGAAUGAUGAAUUGAUUUUUUUUUUCCUGGGUUUUUGAGAAAAGUGCUUCUCACUUUUUAAAACUGAUCAAGCUUAAAAGCAAAGGUCUUGCAUUGUUAAGGGUCGUUGUCCUCAGGAAAGUUGCAAAAAACUUCAUGCAAAUUACCAUGUAAAUUUCAGUGUUAUAUAUGAUAUUAUUUGUGUCUUUGAUAUAGAGUUACCCAGAAUGUUUCAUCCAUUUAAAUAUAGUUUAACUGCUUCUCAGUAUCAUUAAAUUACAUGUAACACCUCUGUCUAAAAAGAAAUCUCUUGUUGCAUGUAACACUGAAGAACUUAAACUGUAAAAUGCAAGUUUGUAUGGAUCCUGGGCCACAGGAGGAGUGGCGUCAGAGGGCUGGGGGAUCUUGGCCCACUCUCGGAAGUGGGAACCAGGGGAGCCACAGUGCAGGAGUGGCCAGUAAGGUGCUGUUCCCACCUGGCAGAGGCUCUCUGCAGCUUUGCAGGGCAGCAUGCAGGUGUGGCCUGAUGCAGUGGGAGCAGAGGGGUAACGUGUGUUGGCUGCUGUUGCAGGUGGACAUCCCUGUGUGGAUUGUGGACCUCCGUCAUGAGCUGACGCACGGGAAGCUGCCACGGCUGGCUCUGUGCCGCAAGGGUUGUGAUGUUGUGCUGGACUGGCUACGAAAGAUGUACUGGAACCGUCAGCUGGGCAAUAACUUGUGUGAAGAAGAUGAGUAUGAGGAUGAGGAGGAAGAGCAGGAAGAAGUGGAAGCAAAUGAAGUGUUGGACAAUGAUGCAUGGGAAAAUCGAACCCCACAGCAUGAGGCCCAUGAGAAGCACAAGGAAUUCCAUGAAAAAGUCAGAGAUGUUCUGAUAUCUUACAAGAAUGAGCAGUUCCGGGUUAUGCAGACUAUGCCAUCUGUUUCAAAGUCUCAAGAAUUGUGGCUUGAGUCCUCUUCAGAAAUGGACUGGAUUUUGGCUCAGAUCAAAGACCUGACACAGGAAAACAGGGAUACAGUGGCUGAAGCUCUUCUCAGUGAUGGUUUUCUCAUCCCAAGCAUGGAUUGUCUGAAGAUGCUAAAUAUCAAGUAUGAAGAAAAUAAAGAGGAAUGGCAAUUCAAAAUUCCCUCAAUAUUUUACUGCUUUUGGCAUCCUUUGCUGUCAGGCCUCCUUUCACGAAGUUUUGCGCAGGUCCUAUUAGAGAAAAUGUUUAUAGAGUUGAAGGAAUGUUGUGACUCUUCAGAGCUCCGGCCUCAGUUCUUGAUCAACUGGAUUUCUGAGUUGCUGGCUGGCAUUGCCAAAGUAAAUAAUGGGAAGAAAAAACAACAGUGUAACAAGCAGGUGUCUGCAAGGGACCUGUUCAUCCGUAAAGUUCCUUUGCAGUGGAUAAAACUGACUGACAUUUGCUUGCAAGCUCCCUGUUGGGCAACCCCACAUCUUCUUCAGAUGAUCUUUGCAGUCAUGAGACCUCGCUUGUCACGUUCUUCUCGGAAGAAGCUUCUCUAUCUUGUUUCCAUUUACAUAGAAGGAGGAGACCCUUUGUCCAGUCCAGGACUCUCUUCAGAUGGCAGUGAACAGCAAAUUUAUACUCUAGAGAACUUACAGUGGAGAGUCAGGCAAGAAAAUCAGGUUAAAAAUCAAGGGCAGACUGUAGAGAAACAAGAAGAUGUGCCAGAGGGAGACAGUGGUGCAGAGGAAAUGGAAGAAGAGGAGGAGGAGAUGGUGACUGAAACAAAUCCUCUGGAAGGACUUGAUCAUUCUCGUACCAUGGUGGCCAUUGCUGAGAAAAGGGCAGCACUGCAGGGGUCCCCCUGGCAGAUCACUGCAGAUGAAGUACGAUGGAAAGACUUUCCUCUUGGGAAACUCCCAGGUCAGACAGAUGAUCCUGAUGGUCUCAUGUUGGAUAAUUAUUCUAUGAUGUCCCUGCUUGAUCAGCCAGUGAGGGAUGAGUGGAAGUCUCUCAAUACAAACUCUGCAGAAUUGAAUCCUCCCAUGACAGGAGGAUUGUUAUGGACCCAGAAUGACUUCCAUAAAAUAAAAAGUGGCCUUCAACUUUUCUGAGACAGCAGCAGAGCGCUCUUGUAUUGCACAAGUGGCAUGGAAGAUCUAGUAAUGGUGGUGGGAAAACAGUCACUCCAGGACAAGUUGUUGUUGCUGCAAUUUAUUGUUUUUUACCAUGUAAAAUCAAUGUUUUAUAAAGGUGUUGUGUUUUAAGUUGCAUGUACAGUAACCAUUGUCUUACUUAACCAGUUGAAGUUUGCCGAAUACAGUUAAGAGUACUUUGGAAUCCCUCCAUGUUCCUUAACUUUUUCAUAAAUAAAUACAACUGACAGAAGGCAAA